CCUGGUUCACCACCCUUUGGGCCACCGCCGCCUGGGUCGCCGCCUGGACCGCCGCCAUUCGGUGCACCGCCUUUUGGCGUACCACCGUUUGGUUCACCGCCCUUCGGAUCUCCGCCUUUCAUGCCUGAGCCUGCUAUGCCAUUCAUGAGAUCGCCGUUUCCAGGGUCUCCAGCGAUGUCUCCGGGGCAUGCGGAGAUGAGUUUUGGCAUUAGUUUCGGUGGCCGAGGCGGCGGCUCUGCUCGUGCUUCGCCCGCCCCUCGCGACGACUUUCCUCAUCAGGGGCGUCCGACCGUCAACGGCGGCCCCCGAGACCGCCCUGUGUUGUCGCCCCAAACUCCGACUGGCAGGCCGGGGACUCCAACCACCGACCAGAGGCGGAGACCUGAGACACCCGUCUCUCGACCCAACGGGGCCGACACUGGUGGGCAGCAGAACGCAGCGCCGCCCGCCGGAGCCCCCUUGAGCAAGCUUCCUCAAGGACAAGUCGGGCCACAGCGCGGCGGUUCUCAGGUCUUCACUAUCUCCCCAGGUUGGACUGCCAGCGUCAGCAGCGUAAGCCGACUUUGACAUCACUGUUCAAUACUAUUCACCAUCAAUGGCUGGAUUGGAUAGGUGGCCAGGCAGCCAUACAACCAAGGGACCUGUGUUGGAUACAAAUACGCAGAAUACGAAGAGCGCCACAUGCUUUCGAACGAACGGAGCAGACAGUCGGGCAAGAAAAUGCUCAAUCUCCAGAACCGCGAACCACAGAUAUUUAUGCGGGAGCAGAAGGAGACGGUCACGCUCACCAUCAGAUUUCACCAUGCCAGAGACAUGACCACGAAAGGGGAAGCGCUUCUCGCCACGACGGUAGACAGGACCGAUACGGUUAAGCUACCCUCAGAUAAGGAUGAUGUGGUUAAAUAUCUUAUCAAGGUUUUUGAUCAAGCUGGGAGCACUAGGCCUGACCAGGAAACGACGGUUGAAUUUGUCCGGAAGGUCGAUCUCGAUCCUCUGGGACUCGGCAACAUUCAGGGAGAUGUGAUACCUGGACUUCCCAAGGCUCUGGAAUUUUUCUACUACUUCCAGAUCACCAAUGUUGACGGAUUCCGCACGGCGUUCAAGGAUUUUGUCUUGCCUAAGAUUGUCACAUCCGCAAGCCUUGUACAGAACCCACCGCCUUCUCCACGGGAUAACCGAGACCACCCUUUCCGCGGUCUUGCUAUCGGUUUCUCAAGCUUAGGUAUCAGAAAGUUCCGCCUCAACCCUACCGAGCUCGGAGACCGCGCGUUCGCACGGGGGCAGAUGGCGGACUCGCAGGCGCUCGGGGACGCGGGUGCCGAGCGGGAGGGGUUCUGGUCGCCGAACUGGGACUCGGAAUACAAGGCGAACAUCGACGGUAUCUUCCUCAUCACAGCGUACAACGAGAGUAACGCGCGCAAGUUCAUCGACGAGCUCGAGGAGGCCUUCCGCUGGGCGCCGAACCGGUCGUCUUUGCGCAAGAUCGUCGCGCUCUAUGGGCAUCCGCGCCCCGAACCUGAGGCUAUAAAUGAUCCGUUCGGUUGGCGCGGGGGCGGCUUCACGAAUCCACAGGUCGAGGGCGUCACGUUCAGCGAGGAGAAACCGAUGGCGUACACCGGCACGCCCGUGAUCCCGCUCGGGGUACUCGUCAUGGGGCGCGAAGGCGACGAGGACAAGGACAGGCGCCCCGAAUGGGCCAAGGAUGGUAGUUUGAUUGCGACGCGGAAGCUCAACUGUCUCGUCCCCGAGCUCGAAAGUUAUCUGCUCGAGGAGGGUCAGAAGAUCUUCCCGAACCUGAGCAGUGCCGACGCAGCCGCCAAACUCGGCGCAAGGCUCAUGGGCCGAUGGAAGAACGGGACACCUGUCGUACUGUCUCCGGACAACGACGCGCCCGAGAUCGCGGGGGACCCUGCGCGGGUGAACAACUUCGAGUUCGACAAGACCGAUACGAAUCAGAAACGGUGUCCGUUCGCAGCGCACAUGCGCAAGUCGAACCCGCGCAACGAUAUCGACCCUAACGAGCUGAAGAAGCAUCUCAUCCGGAGGCAUAACAUGCCAUACGGGCCCGAGGUCAGCGACGAGGAGCGCGAAAACGGUACGAGCGAAGACCGGGGUCUGCACCUCUGCGCGUACCAGAGCAGCAUCGAACGGGGCUUCCGCUACAUCCAAUGCGAGUGGUACAAUAAUGUUAACUUCCCUCCCGGGAAGCCAACGACGCCCGGCUGGGACCCAAUUUUCGGGCAGACGGGGCAAGAGGACGAGGGCGUCUACCGACAGAUGAGCGGCGUCAAUCCUGCGCAGCCUAAGCAAGUGACGAGCUUCAUGGAGAAGUUUGUCGAUCCGCGGGGAGGGGAGUACUUCUUUGUGCCAUCCAUGGCCACCUUGCGACAGCACAUUGCGGCAGCGGAUCCGGUUUUUACAGCGAUCUCUUGUCAAGUGGCGGCCCAAGGCUAAGGUUUGUAUCUUUCGCUCAACCGCAGAUGAGGUUAUGAUAUAUGAACAUAUUACACGCUGUCAGUUGAGUCUUCUGUAAAAAAUAAAAAUAAAAAUGUCUUCA